UAAACAACUAAUACAAUAAUACAUGCUUCCACUCAUCUAUAUAUGUGUGUGUGGGGAACAAAUUAAACAAGGAGUAUUAUCAAGGGAAUACUUAUACAACUGAGUUCAAGACCAGAGAGUUUGCAGGAAAAAUGUAUGUAACAAGAGUCCUUUCCAUGUACAAAAGUAACCCCCAUGCUCUUGUAGAGCCACCUCCAUCUGGUCCAAAUUCAGGUUAUCUUGUUAUCAUGGAUGAAGAAUCUGAGACUUACAAUUGUUUCGGUUGCAAGGAGGGUUAUAUCAGUGAUCUUCCUUUCCCUCAGAACAAAGACUUAAGCAUCAGCUAUGGAAGCGAUGAUGAAGAUGCCAUGUUUGUUCCAGUAUUGAAUCAGCCCUUGUCUUCAAACCGCUACUAUGUCUUAAGAAGGAGAGGAAAGAACCAAGGCCGAGCUAUCACGAGUUCAAAGGAAGAGGACAUGGAAACUUGUUUAUGUUGCCUUGUCCCCCAAGAUGUUAAACCAAAACCUUUGGAACCCUUCAACGAUUAUCAGCAGAUUGAGAUAAUCAAGAAGAGUGGUUAUAGUUUCAAAGCAAAGUCUGUUGCGGCUGAUGGAAUUCCUCCUGGUUUAUUGUCGAGAAAAGGGUGGACGCUUCGUGCUAGCACUCCCCGCAGUUACCGUUUGGGCAAAGCAUUGGGCUGCAACGACAGCUUGCGUUCCAAGCUACCAGAUUUCAACUUCUCAUUAUCCAAUCAUUGUUCUGAAUCAGUGGUUGUGGGAAAGUGGUACUGUCCUUUUAUGUUUGUGAAAGAAGGAAUGAAACUAAAGGAGCAAAUGAAGAUGUCAGUGUUCUAUGAGUUAACACUUGAGCAAAGAUGGGAAAAAGUAUUCUCAAAGGAAAACAGUGGGAAAAAUGUUGUGUUUGUAGAUGUUAAUGUUCAAACAGAAGUUGUCAAGGUUGCAGGCAAGGAUGCUGUUUGGGAUGAAAAUGGUGUUGUUGAUGGGGUAUUGUGGUAUAAGAGUUUUGAUGAUGCGGGGGCAGAGACAAGUGUUGGAUUGAGUAUGGAAAUUGUUGAGGGAAUGAAAUGGGAACAACAAAGAGUUGGAUGGGUUGCAGGGAACAUGAGGCAAGUGAGGGUGGAGAGAGUAGAGGAGUUUGGAGGAACGAAUAAGUGGAAGAAAUUGGGGUGUUAUGUGCUGGUUGAAAGUUUUGUGCUCAAGAGAAUGGAUAGAAGAUUGAUGCUGACUUGUGAUUACAGGCACACAAAUCAAAUUAGGGGCAAAUGGGAGUGAAUGCUUUCUCAUAUGUUUUACUUUGAUCUUUGUUUUUCAUCCUAAUUUGGCAUUUUAAUAUUUGAUUCUUGUUACACAUUA